AUGACGGCGAACGGUGCAACCAGCCGAAAUGGCGGCUCCUCGGCCACGCAUACCCAGGCUCAGCGAUACCUGAGUACUCGUGGAGAGGAUGAGGGGGAUCUCAGCUUCCCCGAACUAGCCUUCGAGAUCCUCAGCCUCUACAUCUCGCGCGACGAGAUCCCCGCCGACGACCUCCGCGAUAUCAUCAACCGCAGCUACGCCACCUUCCGCGCCCCGGAGACCACGCCCCUCGUCCACCUCCGCGACAACCUCUACCUCCUCGAACUGUUCCACGGUCCUACGUUCGCCUUCAAGGACGUCGCUCUGCAGUUCCUCGGUAACCUUUUCGAGUACUUCCUCGUCAGGAAGAACAAGGGCAAGACGGGAAGAGACAGGCAUCACCUCUCCGUCGUCGGUGCUACCAGCGGUGAUACCGGCUCCGCCGCCAUCUACGGUCUGCGCGGGAAGAAGGACGUUUCCGUCUUCAUCCUCCACCCCAAGGGCCGCGUGAGCCCCAUACAGGAGUCGCAAAUGACGACUGUCCUCGACGAGAACGUUCACAACCUUGCCGUCACCGGAACCUUUGACGACUGUCAGGACAUCGUCAAGGCUCUGUUUGCCGACAAGGACGCCAACGAGUCGCUCAACCUGGGAGCCGUCAACUCGAUCAACUGGGCUAGGAUCCUCGCGCAGAUCGUCUACUACUUCCACUCGUACUUCUCGCUGACCAAGCAAUCGUCGACGUUCAAGUUGGGCGAUAAGGUGCGCUUCACAGUGCCGACAGGCAAUUUCGGCGACAUCCUGGCGGGCUACUUUGCGCUGCGCAUGGGCCUCCCCGUGGACAAGCUGAUUGUGGCCACCAACGAGAACGACAUACUGGACCGGUUCUGGAAGUCGGGCAAGUACGAGAAGAAGGUAGCUCAGGGCACGGAGGCUGUGGGCGGCCUGGCCGUGGACGGUGCCAUGUCGCACCCGGACGGUGUCAAGGAGACGCUCAGCCCGGCCAUGGAUAUUCUGGUGUCGAGCAACUUUGAGCGUCUCCUGUGGUUCCUAGCAUACGAGUUCGCCUCGUCGGCGGGCAUGGACGACUACUGGAACAAGAAGCAGGCCAGCCAGGAGGUGAGCAAAUGGCUGCGCGAGCUCAAGGAGACGGGCGCCUUCGGCCCCGUGUACCAGGACGUGCUGAGCGCGGCCAAGCGCGACUUUGACAGCGAGCGCGUCACGGACUCACAGACCAUCGAAACCAUCCAGGAGAUGUACCACUUCGUCGGUUACGUCCUCGACCCGCACUCGUCGGUCGGCAUCGCCGCCGCCCAGCGCUCCAUGGACCAGGUGGCCGACAAGCAGCUCCCGCACAUAUCUCUCGCCACCGCCCACCCCGCCAAGUUCUCGGGUGCCGUCGACAUGGCCCUCCGAGGCGAGGAGGGCUUCGACUUUGAGAAGAAGGUCCUCCCCAGUGAGUUUGUCGGUCUGGAGAAGAAGGAGAAGAGGGUCUCGUCCGUCGACAAUGACUUUGUCAAGGUGCGUGAGCUCGUCAAGGCUCAGGUCGAGCAGGAGCUCAAGGCAUCUCAGGAUUAG